GCUGUUAGCAACGGAAAGAGCCCGUGAUAGCUGUAAACCCUAUUUUCAGAUAAUCGAAAUUUCGUGUAAGGAUUACGUGACAAAUUGACAGGAGGCCUAACACCCAUCUUUAUCGCAGAAGAGUGAUUGGCGCCUGUUGUCUUUUUUUUUAAAUAUUAUUUUUUCUGUUUUAAUAGGAAUUGUACAGAUUGCUAAUUCAGCUAGCAACCCGUUAGCCUAGCUGGCUUCUUAGCAUAGCAUUUUGCUCAAGAGGCACGUUGAAAAUCAGCCCGCUACGCUAAGCAACAUCUCUGGACUGCUGUCACACAACCACACACCGUCCCCAAGCUGGUCGUCUUAAGACACUGUCUUUUAUGGGAUCACCAUGUCAAUGAAGGCCGGUGGAAAUCGCAGCAAGCCCGGCGGUGGCAGCACCGCUGGUGCCGCCGCCUCCGGUGCCGGAGGAAGCGGCGGGGGGAGACAGAAUCUGGGCAGGGGGAGACACAGUGGUAAAGGUCCUGCAGCAGUCAUAUUCAAUGGUGUAUAUGCAAAUAUGAGGAUGGUCCAUGUCUUGACUUCAGUGGUGGGGACCAAGUGUGAGCUCAAGGUGAAAAAUGGAGCAGUCUAUGAAGGAGUGUUCAAGACCUAUGGUCCAGAGUGUGACCUGGUGUUGGAUGCAGCUCACAGAAAGAGCCCAGAGCCGAGCAUAGGCCCCAGGAAAGAGGAUAUUGUGGAGAGCAUUAUUUUCAAGGCCUCCGAUGUAGUUGUGGUGACCUUCAAAGAUGUGGACCUGAAUUUUGCCAGGAAAGUCUCCUCUGACACAGACAACUUCACAGAUGCAGCAGUGAGUGGUAAGAUCAAUGGAGAGCACAAAGAGAAAGAUCUGGAGCCCUGGGAUGGAGGAGAGACUCACAACUCUGACAGCCUUGAGUCUCUGGAUACAGAUGUGUCAAAUGGGUGGGACCCCAAUGACAUGUUCAAGUACAAUGAGGAGAAGUAUGGAGUCUUGUCUACAUAUGACAGCAGCCUGUCCACAUAUACGGUCCCACUGGAGCGGGACAACUCAGAAGAGUUCCUCAAGAGGGAAGCGCGUGCCGCCCAGUUGGCAGAGGAGAUUGAGGCCAGCGCCACGUACAAGGCCCGCGUGGCCCUGGAGAAUGAUGAACGCUCCGAAGAGGAGAAAUAUACUGCUGUGGUGCGAGGGGAAAGGGAGACUCACACACUAAGCAGGGAGAACAAGUACAUUCCCCCAGGUCAGAGGAACAGGGAGGCGAUGUCAUGGGGGCCCGGACGUCAAAAUUCACCCCGUCUGGCUCAGAACUCAGCCGGACCCUCAACUCCUCGACCAGGACCUCACGACUACAGUCCCAGCUCUGGGGCCGACCAGAGGGUGGUCAAUGGAGGUUCAUCCCAUUGGCCCUCACCCUGUCCGUCUCCUUCCUCCCGCCCCCCCUCUCGUUACCAGUCUGGCCCCUCCUCCCUGCCUCCUCGGGCGACCACGCCCACCAGGCCACCCUCCAGACCCCCCUCUCGACCUUCCAGACCUCCUUCUCAUUCAUCCCACCCCUCCUAUCCCUCCUCCUCAUCUUCCUUUUCCCACCAUGGGCCCACGUCGCCAGCCUCCACUCUGCCCAAACGCAUGUCUUCAGAAGGUCCACCAAGGAUGUCUCCAAAAUCCCAGCGGACGCCUCGUGCUCACAGAGUGCCACCCUGCCGGACCACUGGAGUCCCUCCAGGAGUGGACCUAAUUUCCCACAAUGCCCCUGGAGAGGUCCCAGUGACUCCACCAACCAGAAGCAGCUCCUCUGGAGGGACCUGGUCCUCUGUGGUCAGCGGAGCUCACAGACCUCGCUCCCCUCGACAGAAUAGCAUGGGUGGUGCCUCCCCUGCCUCCUCCUCCCUCCCGUCACCCCAGACAGGAACGGCUCCUGUGGAAACUGCUGCCACCCCGACAUCAGCUCCCUCUCCUACUGCUGCUAGCCCCGCCCCUAACAUGGUCACCUCUCCAUCAGGGGACGCAAAAGAGUGUCGCGUCCAGGAGACAAGACAAACAUCCCCCACGGCUAACAAGGAGAACAUCAAGCCCUUGGAUAGCUCACCUAGUAUCCCCAGACCACCCUGUAAAGGACAGCCUUCUAUGGCACAAGACCACAGAAAACAAAUAGAUAAGUUAAAGCAAUUUAGCGUAGAUUUUAGGUUGCAGUCUAGUUCAAACUCAGAACCUGCCUUCGACCAGAUGAUGACCAAGCCUCCCAGAGAUCGAGCAGACAAGCCUAAAGACCUUCCUAUUGACAAAGCCUCCACAGUGGGGCGGGAGGGCAAUGAAGAAGGUGUUGUAGUGAGCGCGGCUGGCACCCCUGGAGGUACCCCUGCUCCAUCCACCGCCACCACAAACACCAGUAAGCCUGGCAGCCCUUCUGCACUGUCCCCAUCUCCAUCAGCCCCAGACCAGAAGAGGGCGGGGCUGGAUGUAACAUCACAGGGAGUUCAGACAACAGCCACAUCCACUUUCAGUGGGCCCAAGCAUGAAGAGAAGGAGGAGAAGAAGGAGGCAGUACAAGAUCAAGUGAGAAAAUCAACCUUGAACCCAAACGCCAACGAGUUCAAGCCCAGGUUCAAUACGCAGCCCAAACCAGCAAACACCCCUACCCCCCCUAGACCCCAGGGCCAGCCCAGCCCCUCUAUCGUGGUCCAGCAGCCCCCAACUGUCUAUGGACAGACAGUCUGCUUCCCCCAGAUGUAUCCUCUCACACCAGUCAGCCCUGGAGUGCAGAAAAGCAUAAUAUGGAAGUCUCCAGCUAUGUACCAGGUUCAGAUGCCUCAUAUGACAGUCAGCCAGUCUAAACCAUACAGACCAGGUAAAGUACCCAACAUGCCCCAGCAGAGGUCAGACCAACACCACCCGCCGGGCACGCCCACCAUGAUGCACCCAGCAACGGCAGCAGGACCACCUAUUGUAGCACAGAGCCCCGCUUACUCUGCCCAGUACUUCACCUGCAGCCCGCAGCAGUUCACCAGUCAGCCACUGGUCCAGCAGAUGCCACACUACCAGUCACAGGCAAGAUUCACCUCUGCGCAGCAUGUGUUCAGUCCAGUUAUGCAGAGCAGUGCCAGAAUGAUGGCACCACACACGCAUGGGCAGCCCGGCCUCGUCUCUUCCUCAACUACACAAUACCCAGAGCAGACACACACCAUGUAUGUGUCUCAACAGCCAAUGCCCCAGCAGUACCCCCACCCCAGCGCUACCUUGCACCCUCACCCGCAGCAUCCCCAGCCCUCUGCUACACCUACGGGCCAAGGCCAGCAAGGUGGCCCUCCGCAGCAUGGAGGUCCCCCUAACCACCCAGCCGCCAGCCCAGUUCAGCACUCGCAGCACCAGCAGGCGGCAGCAGCGGCGGCAGCAGCUCAGGCCCUCCACCUGGCCAACCCGCAGCAGCAGCAAAUGUAUUCAGCUUUGGCCCCCACACCCCCAUCAAUGACCCCGGGGCCAAAUCCCCAGUCUCCCCAGGCAUCGUUCCCUUCUGCCCAGCAGACCGUCUAUAUCCACCCACAGCAGGUGCAACACGGCUACAACCCCAACCACAUGGCACAUGUGCAGCAGCAUAUGCAGUCUGGUAUAGUGCAGUCUCACCACCCGGCACCCACCCACCCUCCGAUGAUGCUGAUGGCUACCCAAGGUCCUCCGGGGGGUCCGCAGCCACCCAUGCAACAGACUGCCCUCAACCACAUCCCUGUUUCCUCCACCACACAUUUCUCCUACCUGGCACAUCCACAAGUGCAACCUCAUCACCAGCAGCAGCUGUAGAUAGAGGGCGCCAGCGAGCUGAGGGACCCCGCUCUGUGUCGCGCUUCUCAACCAGAGCCUUCAUAACCAGGCGAUGAAGAAAAUGAGAGCCCUCCCUCUCCUCUCUUUCCUCAUCCUCACCAGACAUGCUUCACAUCAGCUUUUCUCUUCCUCCCCCACCCCCCUCCUUCUCCCUCCUCCUCCUCCCUCCUUCCUCCCAGACUAGGCAAUAAGAGAAUGUUAACAGGUUGAUGCAGUGACAUGUUUUAACGAGCUAGAGAGUUUUAAUGGUCAAGACUGCUCCAAAUUUUGCCCCUGUUCACACACAGAUUCGCACACACACAUAGAUACACUCACACACAAACGAAACACCCACAUUCACUUUCAGGGCGUCCCAAAUUGCAACUUGAGUCAGCUUGCCAAGUGAGACGUGAAAGAGAGCGUGAGAGAAACUAAUCAGUGAGAGUGAAGAAGAAAAUUCAACUGGAACUUGUAUUUUUGUCUGCACCUUGUUAAUGGAGAAAAAAAAAAUCUUCCAACUGUUAGACAGUAUUAAUCUUACUGUUUAUUGCUGCUGCUAUGUGCUGCGUUUGUUUCCAGACUACACGACAGGUUUCUAACAGAACUAAAAACAAAAAAAAAACAUGACAAGAAGCUUCAUGUGAAAUAAACACAUUUUCGGCAGCCGAGAGGACAGGAGAAACGUUAUUUAUGAAAUUAUAAUGGCUGAGGUGAUCAGAUCCCACUUCUCACCCGACCCUUAUGUAACUUUUAAGUUAAAACUUUUACUUUGUAGAUAAUAUAAAUAAUUUAAAAAACGAGAAAAAAAAUUUAAAAACAAUAAAAAAGUUUUAAAAACUGAA